UGUAUUUUGAAAUAAAGUUUAUAAAGAUUGAAAUUAAAUUGAUGAUUUUUGAUAUUCAAUUGAUGAUUUUGAAAUACAUUUGUUAUUUUUUUAAAUUAAAGUUGUUAUUUUGAAAUACAUUUGAUGCUUUUUGAAAUCAACUUUAUCUAUUUUGAACUAAAAGUGGAAAUGGUGUAGUUCAGACUUAUACCGCACGUACCCUAAUUCUUACCAGGAUAAAUUAGUGUCAAUUUCUUGUCAUUUGAUUUCCUUUCCAAUAAACCUCAUGCAAAAUUCCAGUAUUUUCACACGAUGCCUAUAUUAUUCACAUUGAUUCUUUUAAUUGCAUCUACACCAAGGCUUCCGGCUGAUGAAAACCCUGAAAAUCCUAACCCUGAAUGCGUGUGUCCGCAAAUAAAUGACACUACAGCAAACUACUCCAGUUCCGGUGAAACACCACCAGACUCAGCUCCUCCGUAUUGCACUCCAAGAACAACAGGCAGAGAGUUCUGUCCUCUACCAUCGGCUGACGGGCAAGCAUCACCAAACUGUAUACCGUUUCCUGAUUAUCCUGCAGUUCCCCCGAAAGGUGAGGCUAUUUUCACUACCAGCUUAAAUGUAGCCCCAACGAUGCAGUGUAGAAGAUGUGAUCUACAAUUGACACCGGACGGAGAUGCUGUAAUUGUCCGAUGUGUCCAAUGUUAUGAAGCUACAGAGUUGAAAAAAGGACAGAAUAGUUAGGUGUUAC